GGGGCACAUAGGCACUCCUAUAAAUAGAGUUAUCCUCCUUCACAACUCUUCACAGCUUUUCUCUCAAUUCUGCCUUUACACUCAUAAACUGCCUUCUUUAAGACACAGCAAUGGCAAGGAAACAAAGCAUGCUCACAUUUUGUUUCGUCCUCAUGCUUGUUUCUCUAGCCCAAACCCAGGCUUUUAGUGAAGGAUUCCCAGCUUCUCAGCUACAGCCACAGGGCUACCACCAAAUGUAUGGUGUGACACAAGGCAGCCUUCGUCCUCAAGAAUGUGCACCAAGAUGCACCACUCGAUGCUCGAAGACAGCAUACAAGAAGCCAUGCAUGUUUUUCUGCCAGAAAUGCUGCGCAAAGUGUUUGUGUGUCCCUCCUGGCACAUUUGGCAACAAGCAAGUUUGCCCAUGCUACAAUAACUGGAAGACAAAGAGAGGAGGCCCAAAAUGCCCCUGAUGAUACUUGGCUCUAUUAGACACAGCUGCUUGACUACCAUUGUUAUGCUUAUUUUUCACUUUGUAAGCAGCCUGUCAUUUGACUGACUUCAGUUGCUGGGCAUUUCAGUCCUAUUAUAUGUAGCAUUGUUUAUGAGAAUAGCUAACGAGUGAUUAUCGGUUCAUUCUAAAUCGAAUUUCGAGUGUAUGUAAUUCUGUAUGGAUUUUAAUUUUUGACACGUUAUUUUAACAUGACAAACCCUGUUUGUUAAUGCCAGGGGUGGCCAAAAGGGCAAGUCAGUAAUUUAGCGCUCCCAAAUUUGUAGUAAUGGUCUUUCAGUAACUAAUUGAAUUAGGCCCAAAAAAAUUUAAAAUUCAA